AAAGAAAAGAAAAAAAUAAAAAACGGUGUAAAUGGCGCUCUCCGCACGAAAUCAGUCGACGUCGUACGUGAACUUAUAUUAUUCGAUUGUUCAACGCGCAGCGUCACACUACUUUAAGGAAUACUACAAUUCCGGCUAGGUCAAUUGGGGCGGGCGGGGGUAGCUAGUGAUAGUGGUGGAAAGAAGAGCCACGGAUGAGGGGGACCGAUUGCAAAGAUGGCUAUAAACUUCUCCGCCUCUUUCGCGGCUUGCCUCGCGGCAGGGCUCAAGGUGCCUCGACAAUUCAUGUACUGCAUCUCACAGGAUACUGGCGCGCCAUACGUGUUGUACAAGGACAAUAUGGAGAGACCCCAGGGCCAAUGGGGACCUGGGCCGGGAUCUCUCCAAGAUAGUGGUCUUUAUCCCCAGCAACAGCCACAACAACAAGGUUCCUCUUCGUCUGGUAGUCCACAGCAGGCCUGUGGUCCUCCAGUUGAAGGUGAGAGUGGCCCACCACCAUCUCUUGCAUCGCCUGUUCCUUCGCCGUACCCUUCGGCGCCACCUGAGCCACAAACCAUCACGCCAUCCGAUGAAGAUAUCCAAUCCGGUCAGCAAACAUCUCAACAACAGCAGCAGCAGCAACAACAACAACAGCAAGCUCAACAACAGGUACAACAGCAGCAGCAACAACAACAGCAGCAACAGCAACAACAACAGGUUCAGCAGCAGCAACCACAAACUCAGGAUCAUUCACCUCAACAGCAGAUAACGGCACACGAAGUCGAUCGCACCGAUUGUUUCCCUGGUACAGGAGAAUUGCAACAAUAUCCACAGCAUUAUUUCAAAGAAACAAGGCCACAUCCCUCACCAUCCGUACCACCGCACAUGUUAACACCCGGUGGUUUUUCGGCACUACAUUAUCUAAAGCAACCAGGCGUUAUGCUCACAUCAUUAGGACAAGGCGACGGUGGGCCCGGUCUCGAUCCACAUCAAUACGCAAGUCCAGGCGCACCAAAUAUGGGCACAGGUCUACCAGACAUUGUUCAACAAAAUGGCAAAUCUGGCAAGGGUGCAAAUAGCGAUUUACGUCUAUUUAAAUGUUUAACAUGUGGCAAGGAUUUCAAACAAAAAUCAACUCUAUUGCAACACGAAAGAAUUCACACGGAUAGUCGGCCGUAUGGAUGUCCUGAAUGUGGAAAACGAUUUCGUCAACAGUCCCAUCUAACUCAACAUCUACGCAUACACGCUAAUGAGAAGCCAUACGCGUGUGCAUAUUGCGAGCGUACAUUUCGACAACGCGCCAUCCUCAAUCAGCAUCUCCGCAUCCACUCGGGUGAGAAGCCAUACCAAUGUCCGGAGUGCGGAAAACACUUCCGUCAGAAGGCGAUCCUGAAUCAGCACGUCCGCACACACCAAGACGUGAGUCCACAUCUUAUCUUCAAAAACGGAAUGACACCGACAUUAUGGCCACAGGACGUUCCAUUUCCACCAGAAGAAGGCAAGGAGGAAGUAGCAUCAACAUUUGGCGAUAAUGAUACGCAAUCGGGUGCAUUUAGUCCAGCGCCUGAUGCAAAUUCAACACAAUAUCCAGCAUAUUUCAAGGAUCCAAAAGGUGGUAAUCAUGCUGUUUUUGGUGCCGGUGGUGCUGGUAGUUUUGGUGCUCUUCAAUAUAUCAAACAACAAAGCGGUGGAAAGGGUUGUUUACCGGAUGUAAUACAACAUGGACGAUCAGCGGGUAUGCCAUUAUAUGUUCGCUGUCCAAUUUGUCAAAAGGAAUUUAAACAAAAAUCAACUCUUCUACAGCAUGGUUGUAUACACAUCGAAUCAAGACCCUAUCCAUGUCCAGAAUGUGGCAAAAGAUUUAGACAACAAUCACAUUUAACUCAACAUUUACGUAUUCAUACUAAUGAAAAGCCUUACGGUUGCGUGUACUGUGGUAGAAAUUUCAGGCAACGAACCAUUCUCAAUCAACAUUUACGUAUUCAUACCGGUGAGAAACCAUACAAGUGUCAACAGUGCGGGAAGGACUUUAGGCAAAAGGCAAUAUUGGAUCAACAUACGCGAACACAUCAAGGCGAUCGUCCAUUUUGUUGUCCAAUGCCAAAUUGUAGACGACGAUUUGCGACAGAGCCUGAAGUGAAAAAACAUAUAGAUAAUCAUAUGAAUCCUCAUGCAUCGAAAGUUAGGAGGAAUUCAACUGGUGACACUAAAUUACCAUCAGGUGUUCCAAGUGGAUUGGGUCCUGUAUCAGUGUCACGUGGUUUAACGCCGGCUGUUGUUAAACCCGAACUCUAUUUCCCUCAGUGUUAUGCACCGUCAUUUAAUCAUCAGCCACCCGUCUCAACGGCCCAAUUUCCCGGGCAGACCAAUGUUGUCGCCGUUUCUGGUGAAUUUAAACCUCCAACGGGGCUGCCGCCACAGUGACUAACCGUCCAUCCUGCCGCCUACUAGCAAGCAGGAAUUCCGCUGAGAUUUCAGCGUUGCUUCGGCCCCGAUGUUGAGGCCGGAUCGUUGUCGUCUUCGUCAGACCCGUCGCUCAGAUGCCAGCCGCUCCAGCAACAUUAUCCGUGACAUUUAUCGUGCAUUUACUAAAGAAAAUCUUCUUUUCUUCGUUAUUUUUUCACUAAUGUUGUUAAAACUUUUUAGUUUUCUCUGCGUGCCGAGAUAUACAAAGGUAAGGCAAUCAUUAAAUUACGAUUGCCCCCACCCUCUUCCCCUAUCUUCGAACAUUCGUCAUUUACCACUCGAAUAUAGGUGAGUAGACUCGACAAAGUAAACUUCGAUAAAUCAUCAAAAGCCGAAUUUGCAAAAAGAGGAAGCAUUCCAUGACAUAUCGGACUUUACAAUACUAGGGCAAUGUUGUCUAUGAUGGUUGUAAGCUUUAGAACACUAUAGCAAUGUUGCCAAUAAUGCUUGCAAGCUUUAGAAUACUAUGGCAAUGUUGUCAAUGAUGCUUGCAAGUUUCACAAUAUUAAGACAAUGUUGUUAAUGUUGCAUGCAAUCUUUUCAAUGUUGCAUGCAGCUUUACAAUAUUGAUACAAUCUUUUUAAUGUUGCAUGCAAGCUUCACAACAUUGAGGCAAUGUUGUCUAUGAUGCUUGCAAGCUUUACAAUACUAAGGCAAUGUUGCCAAUGAUGCUUGCAAGCUUCACAACAUUGAAGCAAUGUUGUCUAUGAUGCUUGCAAGUUUCACAAUUCAGAGGCAAUAUUAUUAAUGUUGCAUGCAAUUUUCACAAUAUUGAGACAAUUUUUUUAAUGUUUCAAACAAUUUUAGCAAAAAGUAACAACUAAGCAAACCUGAAAAAUAACUUAAAGUAAUUGGAUGUUUCUUCUUACAGCAAUUGGGCACUUUAUUACAAAAUCACAAUUUUCACUCAUCACCAAAAGUUAUAUGACUUUUUUUUCUAAUUUCUCAACUAUUUGAAAGAAAAAUUUCAAAUCCAAAUAAUGUCCAGCAAGAACAGAAGAUUUCUGAUUGGGAGCAAAUUUCAUAUUCCAAUCGUUAUUAUAGAUUCACUUUUGUCACAUUCAGUGAGGGUGAAUGACUCCCGCUUCUAUUUUAAGUGUCAUUUCUUGGCACUCAUUCACAUGCAAUUCUCAAGUUUAUUAUGACAAAAACUAUUUACGACAAGCUUCUCGAGUUGAGUUAAAUUUAAAAAUUACCCACAAUUUCUGUAAAAUCAUCAUCUUGUCUAGUUUAGGCAAAAUUCGUCAACUUCCGGAAAAAUUUUUGCAAAAAUAAACAGAAAAUCUGUAAAAUCAUUUGUUUAAAAAAAAAAUAUUCAAUUUUCAUCCAUUUUUUUCAUGCUCCUAAUUGGAAACAAAAAUGAUUUGGGUUUUUUUUAAAAAAAAGUCUACUCAUCUAAUUCGAAAAUUCCUUUUGUUUUUUUUUCUAAGUACGUACUUGAAGAGUUACAAAAGGUAUAAAAAAAAAUGUACCAUCAUACACAUACACAUUAAAAAAAAACACUCACACACAAAAACACACCGUUUCAAUGUGUUUCUCUCGCCAAACGGGUUGAACAUGUUCGAUUUUCGACCAGACUGAAAUGAUUGUGAUACAAUAUUUAACUUGCCUAUGUUUUAAAAAAAGAGUUGAAAAGUCAAGUUGAGUAUAUGAAUCUUUUUAAAUGGAGAAGGAUGAAGAAAGCGACGGAGGUAGGAGGACGCGCCUGUAAAUAUGUAAAACGUUAUCUAAUUGUUUUUGUUUGAAUAUGAGGGAAUAAAGAAAGUGAGACAAUGAAAAAAAAAGAAAAAAAAUUCUCCGAGAGAAAAAGGAACGACUGAGAAUGAAAGUGAAAAAAAGAGUAAUGUGACUGAGUGCGUGAGUAUAUGCGGUAACGUCCGUAGAAUCGAAACCGGGAAGGUAUUAUAUAGAAUGAGGGUCGUAAAGAACCGAUGGCGCUCAAAAAAAAAAAAAAAAAAAAACCAAGUGCAAAAUGAAAAGAGAAAAAAAGCCACCAGACCCCGCUCACAUUUUAUGACAGAUUGAAGAUGUUACAAUUGAAAGCAAAAAAAAAAAGAACCGUAUGACUCUUGUAUACUAAUAUUCGAAUGUAUAUUUAUACAACUGAUUAGUCUAUCAACAUGACGAUAUUUUGAUUGGUUUACUAAAAAAAAAAAUCAGAUUGGUGCUGA